AUGGCGCAAGACCAAGUUGGACAAUUCUUAUGCCUUCUUCUUUUUAUUUCCAUGUUUAAAUCUUCAGGUGAGCUGAGAAGUAAGUCUUUGUGUAGCCUUUGCACCCUGGGGUUGUCUUAAUUCUUGGUCCUUUCUGUUUGUCCUGAGGUUAAUGCUGACGCCUGUGCCCGGGAGUGGCUUCAGUACCAAGGGAACUGCUAUGGUUAUUUUGAAAGUAAGCUGACCUGGCACGAAGCUGAGAUUGAGUGCCAAAGCUACCAUCGUGGGGCCCACCUCGCCUCUGUCCUCACUGUUGCCGAGACACUUGUUGUGGCUGAUCACAUCUCUGCUUAUCAGGCUGAACGCAGCAGCGUGUGGAUUGGACUGCAUGACAUCCGACAUAAUGGAAAGUGGAGAUGGUCGGAUGAGUCUGUCUACAACUAUAAAGCAUGGGCGCUGGGGUCACACAACAACCAAGAGGAGAAUGGAUUUUGCGUUGAGUUGCUGAAUUCAUAUGACCAAGAUUGUGACAUACAUGAACGGGGAGGAACCAUCUGUAUCAAGAGGACCAGUAGUGGAGGCCACAGCACUGCCGAACCCAUCUUCAGCCAUCAAUGCUGA